UGUGCUGGAGACGGCGAUGAAAUAUACAAGGUAUUCCCACCACAUGCAUAUAUAUCGAUAUGCGUUCUGGCGUGGGGAUGUCUCGCAUCCUUGCAAAGUGUCAGCACAGGUUUCGCAUCCAUGUUGAUCUUUAGAAUAUUGCUUGGAGUAUCCGAAGCAGCUUUCGGGCCAGGAGUUCCAUUUUACAUGUCUUUCUUCUUCAAAAGGAAUGAAUUGGCCUUUAGGACUGGACUGUUCAUCUCCGCUGCGCCUCUGGCUAGCAGUUUUGCAAGUGUGUUGGCAUUUGCUAUCGUGAAUUUCGGCAAGAACACUGCGAUCGAAAGCUGGCGACUCCUAUUCAUCAUCGAGGGGUUUCCUAGCAUUGUUGUCGCUGUGUGGGCUUGGUAUGUGAUACCAGAUUCUCCCUCAACUUCACCAUGGCUCUCGUCUAGAGAACGAAGAAUAGCCACUCUGCGUUUGAGGAAACAAACGAAUGCCUCUCAAGUCCACACAAGAGCGAAGAGAUUCGACUGGACUGCAGUGCGGAAUACUCUUUGCGAUCCAAAGAGCUACUUGACCGCUGGCUGCUUCUUUUCCUUGAAUGUAGCUUUCUCCUCGAUGCCGGUGUUUGCCCCGAUCAUUAUACAAAAUAUGGGAUACUCGGUCAUCCAAGCACAAGGCUUAGCUGCACCUCCACAUCUUUUCGCUUUUGUAGUGGUGCUCGUCACCUCGGUCAUCUCUGAUCGGCUGCAAUCUCGUUCUCUGCCCAUCAUCUUCCAUGCGCUUUCGGCCAUGGUCGGAUACAUGUUGCUCGCCCUGGCUCCCAGACUGCAUCUAUCCAUCAUAGCGCAAUAUCUGUGCCUCUUCCCUAUUACCGCAGGCUUCUUCAGCGCAGUCACGACUGUCAUCGUUUGGACUAUCAACAAUCAACAAAGCGAGGAAGGACGUGGAAGUAAUGUUGCAUUGCUGAAUAUCAUUGGUCAGUUGGGGCCUCUUGUUGGAACACGACUGUAUCCAGAUUCCGAUGCUCCGUUCUUUACCAAAGGACAUGGCUUGUGUGCUGGUUUUAUGGCAUUGGUGGCUGUGCUGGCUACAGUUCUGAGACUUCUACUAGUCAGAGCAAACACAUCUUUGCAUGUAGCUCGGCUCUCAUCGUCACCGCAAAAAGAUGAUGGUGCAGAUAGACCACUAGUAGGAGUUUCUGGUCCUGCAGUAGGCGGUUUUGCAUACAUGCUAUAAAAGUAUGCCAUCGGUCGAGUCAAACGAGAACGACACUGAAUUCUACACACACAUAUGCAAAAGUCUCGUUUACAAUCCAAGUCUCAACUGCCGGUUCGGCGCUU